UCUCGCUCGCAUAGGAAGUUGAAUUAUCAGCUGAUCAUGGUGUUUUGGAUGGAAGUUGCUUUUGGCACGGAGGGGCUCUUUCUUUAUCAUCUUAAGCAAAUCUUAAACGCCAGAGACACCGGAAAAUAAAGCUGCAUGUAACGUUGCGCAAACUCCAACAACCGAAACGGCGGCACCCGGAGAAAUCCGCGUUAUUAUGAACAGAUGAUGGUCACAAGUGCUGUUCUGUUUGCUUGCUGUUGAAUCAUCGGAAAGAAAGAAAACAACGUCAGGCGAGGCUCGUGCUAGUCACUGAUAGUCUGAUGUGUCUUUUUAGACAUACUGCUUUGUUAUAUUUGGACUGAUUUGGUGAUUUAACGGUGGAUUAUUCAAGAUAUUUCGAGAGGGAAGACCCAGAUCUGGCACAGUCAGAGGUCCUCGUCGAUAUUCCCAAUUUCUCCCCGCCAAUGCUGGAUCUGGAGGUCGUUCCUGAGCGAUCUUUGGGAAAUGAACAAUGGGAAUUCGCAUUAGGGAUGCCAUUGGCCCAGGCCAUUUCAAUAUUACAGAAACACUGCCGAAUCAUCAAAAAUGUCCAGGUGCUAUACAGCGAACAAAUGCCACUCAGCCAUGACCUCAUUCUCAACUUGACUCAGGAUGGAAUUAAACUGCUGUUUGAUGCCUGCAAUCAGAGACUGAAGGUAAUUGAAGUGUACGAUUUGAGCAAAGUGAAACUGAAAUACUGUGGAGUACAUUUUAACUCUCAGGCAAUAGCACCUACUAUUGAGCAGAUUGAUCAGUCUUUUGGCGCUACUCAUCCAGGAGUCUACAAUGCUGCCGAGCAGCUCUUCCACCUGAACUUCCGAGGGCUUUCCUUCUCUUUCCAGCUGGACUCGUGGAGUGAAGCUCCUAAAUAUGAGCCUAACUUUGCCCAUGGCUUGGCCUCCCUGCAGAUUCCCCAUGGGGCCACUGUCAGACGGAUGUACAUUUACUCUGGAAACAACCUUCAAGAAACCAAGGCUCCGGUGAUGCCUCUGGCCUGUUACCUUGGUAAUGUGUAUGCAGAGAGUGUGUUGGUGUUAAGAGAUGGGGCAGGACCGCUUGGUCUCAAACUUCGCCUGCUCACCGCAGGAUGUGGCCCGGGAGUGUUGGCUGAUACGAAAGUGCGAGCCGUUGAGAGAAACAUCUACUUUGGAGAUUCUUGUCAGGAUGUCUUGAGUGCUCUUGGCUCUCCACAUAAGGUCUUCUACAAGUCAGAGGAUAAGAUGAAGAUCCAUUCACCCUCCCCUCACAAGCAAGUCCCGUCCAAGUGUAAUGACUACUUCUUUAACUAUUAUAUUCUGGGAGUGGAUAUACUGUUUGACUCUACAACCCACCUGGUUAAAAAAUUUGUCCUUCACACCAACUACCCUGGCCAUUACAACUUCAACAUAUAUCAUCGGUGUGAUUUCAAGAUUCCUCUCAUCAUUAAAAAAGAUGGGGCAGAUGCUCCGAGUGAGGACUGUAUUUUGACCACCUACAGCAAAUGGGAUCAGAUCCAGGAGCUGCUAGGACACCCCAUGGAAAAACCAGUUGUGCUACACAGGUCAUCAUCUGCAAACAACACCAACCCUUUUGGUUCCACAUUCUGCUUUGGACUACAGCGGAUGAUAUUUGAGGUCAUGCAGAAUAACCACAUAGCUUCUGUGACUCUCUACGGAGCGCCUCGUCCAAGUAGCCUGGCCCGUGCCGAUCCAAGCGCCCACUGAGGAAGCCGCCAUGCCCACGGUGCCCGCCCAGCCCUGCAGAGCCUCUAAACUGACCAGCAGAGUGUGCCUUCACUCACUGCUGCCAUCACACAAGCUAAAGCAAGACAUGCUGGGAGUUUCUCUGGAGUUGAACUCACAACCCCCCCAACCCACCCACCCUUCACAUUUUAAUAGAGGCCCCAAUUCGGUCUCCUCCUCUGAUAAUAGCAUGGAGGCUGCCCUCAGCCUGCUAAUGAUCCCAAAUAACCAUCCAAACCCGGCUUCGCCCCCAAAGCUUUAACCCAGACAUGCAUCAACAUCAGCAGCAUCGUUAUAAUACUUGUGGAUGCACAGUGAUCCAUUUCCACACAAGCAUAUUUGUGUUGUUUUUUUUUUUGCCUAACCUUCUAAAAUUUCCAUACCAGAUGCACUAAAGGGCAAACAGCGAAGUGAUUUCUCCUCUGCACGCUAAACACUUUAACAAAAAUGCACAUGAAUUCAACUUCAUUUGCUUUCCGAUGAGCAGAGGAUGAGAGCAAGUCAAAUGAGGACAAACUUUCGCAGCAAAAGUCAACGACGAGUGUGUUGUGUAUGCAUUUACGUGAGGUUCCAAGCACAAGCUAGCACAGUAUGGAUCCAGUGCUGUGAAAAUGUUUUUGUGGCACAUGAGCAGGCUCCCAUACACGCAUAACAAUUCAUAAACUCAUUUCAUACCAAGUCAGCAGUACAGAUUACCUCCCAUUUCAAUAGCGUACAUCCGCUUUAUGGUUGAUUCUGUUAUUGUUUUGUUGUUCGUGAGCGCGUUCGUUUUGAACAUUUGCACUAAAAUACACCUAAUUUACUUGAUAAUUGUCUCCUGUCCACUGAGGAACGUUUUAAUUGCCGAGUCUCAGAUAGAAAGGACGGCGGGGGAGAGAACGACGACGUGCAAUCUGGAUUUCAAAGCUAGUAGCGUUAAAAGCCAUCCACCCAUCGCUGUUUCUCCUUCCCGCUGAAUGCCGUCAAUUUUGUUGGCGUCUUUUUUUUUUGUCCACAAUACAAAGAUGUGAAGUUCUUUUACCUUAUUCAGUAUCUUAAAGUCUUAACUGCAUUGUCUUCUGUCACCUGAUUGCCAAAACGUUAGCCAAAGAAGAAACAACGGUCAGUCAUUUUAAAUUCACCUCUUAAGAACAUUCCCUUUUGAUUUGAUCCAUAAGUCCCUGAAUUGUUUUUAGCAUAGCAGCUCAAUCGAUUGAUUGGUAAGUAGACGUGAUGUUUUCUGUAGCCAUGUUCCAUGUCUGUACAGAUCUGUAAAUAACGUACACAGUUUUCAUUGUUUCAUCAGUCUAAUGGUACCGUAUCAGAUCAGCUGACGUCUGGAACUCCAUACACUGCUAACAUACUGAGAGUUUCUGGUUUUCUUUGCCAGCCCUUGAGAGACACUAUAGCAGCUUGUUGCCCUGGAUGAAGUCGCCUACAUUUGACCACUUUCAGGAGGAUUUAACGAUGAUGACUAGACCGUUUUAACUUUAGUAGAUGGUUUAUUCACCUCUAACUGCUGUGCUGCCUGGCAGCGUAGCCACCCAUAGCUGUCAAGCUCGGGUUCUCUGGUAUCAUUCCCACCUCCCUUCAGGCUUCUGCAGUGUGUGGUUCAGGCUAAUUCGGGCAUUUUUAGCUUUCUGUUACAUUAACUGUGCUGAAAGGCCAUCAGUGGUGUUUUUAAUAUAUUUUACCCUUAGCUUUUGGUCAUUUAAAAGGAAGAUGCUAUUAACAUUGUGCCUCAUCUCCCACCGAGCCUGUCUUGACUUUUUCUCUGUAAAUGAAAUCAUUUGAAAAACUGCUUCGUGUAUGUCUGAGCAUGUAAAACUAAAUUCAUAGUUAUAGUCCUUUUGUUUUGAGAAUCGUACCUGAAUAUUAGAGGAACUAAGGAAAAACUGACUCGUUGAGUAUUGAGCUCUUGUCAUGAAAGGCUAGUACUAUGCAAGUUUUUUUCCGCCAUGGAAACACAAAAAAAGUUGUGAUGUUUUAAUUUCACAAUUCUGUGAAAAAGUCAAUUGCAAGAUUGCAGUUAUAAGUUUAUAACUCGCAAUUGUGAGACGUCAACUCACAAUGCUGAGGAAAAAAGUUAGAAUUGUGAGAGAUAAACAAUUUGUACAAAAAAAGGUCAAAAUUGUAGAUAUUAAAUUUUUUGUUUUUUAUUCCAUGGUGGAAAUAAGCUUCCAUAGUUUACUCUGUUUAAAUGCAGCAUAUGAAAAAAUAAUGUUAUGAGUCAAAAAUAGAUUAGAACAUGUAGCUGGCCCUUCGUGAUUUUGGGUUCACUAAGUGGUUGUGGUGUUUCUAAAUACAACCUGUACUUUUUGAAAACGGUGUGAAGUUCCACUUUAAUGAGUUUAAUAUGGUUAGAUUUUAAAACUGUUUAGGGCUGAGGAUCAGAUUUAAAAUGCACAAUUGGAACCUCCAUUGUCAAUAAGGAAUAACACAACUACUGUUUUAGUGUCAUUUUGGGAGUUUUACUACAGGAGGAGUGUGGUCUGAUGGGCUGAUUGCCUGCCCAAUCUCAGGUGGAUGUUUUUUCUUUUAAUGCCAGGAGCAAGUGAAUGCUUAACUUUCAUCAAAUGGGUUUUGGCUGUAUUGUUUCCUCUUCAGACUUUAUCCUAUUUUUGCAUCAGAAUGAAUGAAUGAAUGAUCGUCCUGAGGAUUGUAAGUAGAAAUGGACAACCUCCAUACAGUGUAAUACACAUAUUAAUGCUAUGUAUUGUAUCCCUCUAUAUUGUAUGUUCUUCCCCAUCCUCCAAAGUGAUUAUUUUUUGUGGAUUCAGUACAUUUAAUCCAUUUCUGGAAAUGGGAUUUAUCCUCGAUUAAAAAAAGUGUGUAUCUAAA